AUGACUGACAAACUGCCCCCUCCUCUUCUGGCCCUGUUCCAGCCGCGACCGUCUCUUCGCUACAUUCCUCCCACUGAUCGCGCACCGGAAGACUGUCCGAAAAGCACCAUCUCCGGAGUCGCCCAGUACCUUGCUGAAGCAAAGGCUUUCGAAGAAGAGGCCCCUUAUAAUGCGACCGAGAGCUGGCUGCAACGGAAAUGGCGCCAGAAGUUGGAGAAGAAGGAACAGUUGGAGAAGCAGGUGACCGAAGGAUUGCAAAUCUUCGACCCAGAGAAGGACCCUCAAGCCCGCGGCGAUCCAUACAGAACUCUCUUUGUGGCACGACUGAGUUAUGAGGUGAAAGAAUCAGAUAUCGAGCGAGAAUUCGGCCGCUUCGGCCCCAUUGAGCGUAUUCGCAUCGUCAAAGACACCGUCUCACCCAAAGCAGCCAAGAAACCCAAUAAAGGUUAUGCGUUUAUCGUUUAUGAACGUGAAAAGGAUAUGAAAGCGGCCUACAAGGAAACGGAUGGAAUCCGUAUCAAGGACCGACGAGUCCUGGUAGAUGUGGAGCGUGGACGCACGACCAAGGGCUGGAAGCCUCGUCGCUUUGGUGGUGGUCUAGGUGGCCGCGGAUACACUAAGGCGAUGCCUUCGCGUCCCGUUGGGCCCGGAUUCAAUGCGCCAUCUGGACCUGGUGGAUUCGGCGGCGGCUUCCGCGGCGGAUUCGGCGGUGGUGGUGGUCGAGGAUUCCGUGGAGGUGGUGGAUUCCGUGGUGGCGGCGACCGUUUUGGUCCUCCUCGUGGAGGAAUCGGCUACCAAGGUGGUCGCAAUGGAUUCGGUGGAGGUGGUGGACAACCACCUCCCAAUGCUCCCUCUGGUCCUGGUGGUGGCCGCAGGGGAGAUUUCGGGGGUGGUAGAGGUGAUUUCGGUGGAGGUUCUUAUGGUGGUGGUGGUGGUGGCAGAUUUGACCGUGGAAGUGGCAGCAAUCGGGAACCUGUGCGGCCACGAGAUGGCCCCUCAGACCGAGGAGGAGACCGCCGCGACGACCGGGACCGCGAUCGCUACAGGGACCGCCGUGACGAUCGUAAUGGAGGAGACCGCUACGGGGACCGGGACCGCGAUCGGUAUGCUGGUAGCCGAGACGGUGGCCGAGAUGCUGGCCGUGAUGGCGGUCGAGAUGCUGGCCGAGAUGCUGGUGGCCGUGAUGGCGGCCGAGAUGACUUUGCCCGGAAGCGACCCCGUGAAGACGAUGGCUACGAUGACCCGCGAUCCCGGAGACGAUACUAA